GAUCAUCAAGGAAGCAUAAUCGUUCCCACUGCAGUACAGAUCACCCACCACAAUAUCUGUCAGGUAAUAUGUCUUUGAGACGAGCACUGCAUUUUGUUUUCAAAGUUGGUGACAGGACCAAAACAGCCACGUUUUACCGAGAUGUUCUUGGCAUGAAGAUUUUACGACAUGAAGAGUUUGAGGAAGGCUGCAAAGCAACGUGUAAUGGCCCCUACGAUGGCAAAUGGAGCAAGACAAUGGUUGGCUUUGGUCCAGAAGAUGACCAUUUUGUUGCUGAACUGACAUACAAUUAUGGGGUGGGAGAGUAUCAACUUGGCAAUGACUUCUUGGGGCUCACUCUGCAGUCCAGCAAAGCUGUAAGCAACGCUAAGCAUCUGGGAUGGCCUCUUACUGAGGUAGGAGAGGCUCUGUAUCUGACCCAGGCUCCAGGAGGGUAUCCUUUCUACCUUGUCGACAAAGAGCAGCCUCCCAGUGACCCAGUACAGAAGGUUUGUCUCGGAGUAUCAGACCUCCAGAGAUCGACCCACUACUGGACGACACUCUUGGGAAUGAAGGUGAUGGAAAAGAAUGAGGAAAAGAAAACAGUGCUGAUGGGAUUUGCAGACAAUCAAUGUAAACUGGAGCUUCAUGAUAUUGGUGGAACAGUAGAUCAUGGAACAGCAUUUGGGAGAAUAGCAUUUUCAUGCCCACGGGAGCAACUGCCUGACCUCGAAGCCUUGAUGAAAAAGGAGAAUCAGAAAAUUCUCACUCCAUUAGUCAGCCUGGACACUCCUGGAAAAGCCACAGUAGAAGUGGUUAUCUUGGCCGACCCAGAUAGUCAUGAGAUUUGCUUUGUGGGAGAUGAGGCUUUCAGGCAACUGUCCAUGGUGGACCCCAAAGGAAAUGAAUUGCUUGAUAAGGCUAUAGCCGAAGAUAAAAGUGACGAGUGGUUUGCCAAACACAACAGACAGAAAGCUGCGGCAUGAGAUGAAGGAGCUUGCCUGGAAAAUUUUGCACCAUCAUCAAUUUCUUACCAGUUCAUCAGAUGAGUUGCUGUACAAGUCACCUUUAGUGUAGAUCUUCUUGUAAUGUCAGUUAUCCUAAGGCUGGCAGCAUGAGAUUUAUUUUCCCUGAAGGCUUACCACAAGGGACAGUUGCAUUGACAGCACUUUGUAAAAGGACCACUUGUUUAUUUUGAUGGACAUCCCAAUAAAUAUUGUUCCCAUCAAUAAGGCAGACAAGUGGGCAAAAACAAAUCUGCUUUUGUUUUUUGAAAAAUAUGAAAGAUGGCCAGGGGGAAAAUGUUUCUGUUAGACCCCUGUUUACCCAUUAACCACAUUCUGUUCAUUCAAUUAGUUAUUUUAAUUAUUGAAGUAAUACUAUCUGGCUGCAAGAUUUCUGUGUCAGUUCGUUAUUUUGAUUAAAAACAACUUUAUUUAGAAAAAUGUACCAUGCAUGGAUGACAUACACAACAAUAAAAGGUCUUAAUUGUAGACAAAGGGCCUCAACAUGAUGUAAUAUUGCAGGGCCUGCCUUGUAGUGCAAAUUCCAUAAAUAUGCAGCUAAUCAAAUGACCAAAAGUAAUUUACAUGCAAUGUACCUGGAUCUUUUGAGGGAUUGGGCCCCUUUAGGGCAAUGGCCUGGAAAUCUAGCAUUGGCAUCAACCAUGGAAGAAUGCUGUCAAAUGCAUGUUUAAUCAUGUGGUUAAGUGGCAAUGAAUCUUACCAUUAGUAAAAUGACAUGUCAUUCAUCAGAACAUUUAUCUUUUCACCUUCAUAAAAUAAUUUGAUUACGA